UGCCUCUCUGCGCAUGCGCAGUCCUCCCGGCUCGGCAAGUUAGUGUUAAAAUGGCGGCGGCCGCAGCGGAGCAGGUAACGCAACCUGUUUAAUCUCAACUGCCGCUCGGCGUCACUUCAACUCGGGCGGUGCUGCUGGAGGAAAAGUGGACGAGUGUGGAUUUAUUUCUCGGAGCCUGUCAGUAAAAGUGCGUGUGUGCGUGUGUGUGUGUGUGUGUGUGAGAGGGAAGUAGCGCUGUGAUGAAGAAGCAGGAACAGAAAUGCACAGAUGAGUGAAGUUCAAACUGAACGGAAGUGAACUUCACAUGCCUCCUCCCCGCCGCGGCUCGGGGUCAUUAGAACGCGCAUUAGAGCGUUAUUAACGCGACCUUAUGCAGUUUAGGCCGGAGGGGUAACUCCUGCUCUCAAGUUCAUGCCGGGUUUCUGUGUGUGAAGAGAAGCGCCGAGUCCGAGACACACACACACAGAGAGAGAGAGAGAGAGAGAGAGAGGAAGGUGAAGUCUGUCCAUCAUCAUCAUCAUCAUCAUCAUCAUCAUCAUCAUCAUCAUGGACAGGAAGGUGCAGAUAAGAUGUGUAGAAGUGUUAUAAAGCAACACAACACGGAAGAAGGGAUGGACACAGAAGAUACGAUGAGAAACCCGGAUGGAAAAGAUUUUCACGCUGCUGAAAACGGCUCUGUCGUCGGUUCACACACUCCCGAUCUCCUUCGCGGUGUGUGUUUGAGCUCCACGCCGCUGUACUGCCGCUCGGCCUCAGCCACUGCCUCUCUGCACAGCGCCUCCUGUGGUGAGGAGGAGGAGCAGCACAGCGUGGAGUCGCAGGACUCGGGCAUCCCGACUCUGGAGCUCAGCUCACCCGAGGGGACGGAAGAGUCGCACAGCACAGACAGACACCGAGACGCUCCGGCCACGCUGAAGCUAGAGACGACGGGUGAGGGCGGGGCUUCAAGUCAGGUCAGGGGCGGGGCUUUAAGCUACCGAGACUCCACCUCUGUGUGCAGCACCUCCAGUCUGAGCACGGACUUCUCGGCCACGCUGUCGAUCGGCAACGACGAUGGCGCCGGCGACUUCGUGGUGACGUCGGACUCAAGCGCCGUCGUCGAUUUUCACGACUGUAGCGACUUCUCCCGGUUUCCCCAAGCCCCGCCCAUAAAUAGUGCACACGGACACCGUCACAACGAGGUAGCGACGAAGAAAGAGAGUCCAAUUGUGAGCUUCUUCAACAGGAGUCUGUUCUCUAAGAAGGGGAGGGACGCUGGAGGUCCGAGCGCUCAUUCCGAGCCGAACCGGAGGCUGUUUGGCAGAGAUUCACCCAGACCGACCCAAAGAGUUCUGAAGGAAAAUGAAAAGGCCGGUGAUUCUGCAUCUCCUAGACAGAGUGUGAGGAAACAUCUGGAGUUUGAGCCGCUCUCCACCACCGCUCUCAUACUGGAGCACCGACCUGCGAAUCUCCCAGCGAAGCCAGCAGAAGAAGCUCAGAAACACAAACAGCAGUAUGAAGAGAUGGUGGCUCAGGCCAAGAAGCGAGAGCUGAAGGAGGCUCAGAAGAGGAGGAGGCAGUUGGAGGAGAGAGUGCGAUUAGAGGAGAGUAUCGGCAACGCAGCACUCACCUGGAGUCAAGAGAUCCUGCCAAACUGGCACAGCGUGCACAGCUCUAAGCGAGUGAGGGAUUUGUGGUGGCAGGGAAUUCCCCCGAGUGUAAGAGGACGAGUGUGGAGCCUCGCUAUAGGCAACGAGCUCAACAUCACACACGAGCUGUAUGAUAUCUGUUUGGCGAGAGCGAAGGAGAAAUGGAGCGCUUCACCUCCAUCAGUCACCACAACAGAAAACGACACAGGAGAUGCGGGUUUGUCUCAUGCCGAUCGCGAGGCAAGUUUAGAACUGAUAAAGUUGGACAUUUCCAGAACGUUCCCCAGCCUCUGCAUAUUCCAGCAGGGAGGACCUUAUCAUGAUGUCUUGCACAACAUUCUGGGAGCGUACACCUGUUACCGGCCUGACAUGGGAUAUGUACAGGGAAUGUCAUUCAUUGCUGCAGUUUUGAUCUUGAACAUGAACACAGCUGAUGCCUUCAUCGCUUUUGCCAACCUGCUGAACAAACCGUGUCAGAUGGCUUUCUACAGAGUGGACCAUAGCCUUAUGCUGAUGUACUUCGCUGCAUUCGAAGUGUUUUUUGAAGAAAACCUACCAAAGCUAUUUGCACAUUUCAAGAGUAACAACUUGACACCUGAUAUUUAUCUCAUUGACUGGAUCUUCACCCUGUACAGUAAGUCUCUGCCACUGGAUGUUGCAUGUCGAGUGUGGGACGUGUUUUGUCGAGACGGUGAGGAGUUUCUCUUCCGCACGGCUCUCGGGAUCCUGCGUUUCUAUGCCGAUGUCCUCACACACAUGGACUUCAUCCAUAUGGCGCAGUUCCUGACACGGCUACCGGAGCAGAUCUCCACACACACACAGUCGCACACACUCUUCUCCUGUAUCAGCAGCGUCAGCAUGAGCUGCAGGAACAGGACUUGGACACAGGUGCUCCAGGCUCUGCAGAAGGAGUCGGAACAUUCCAGUCCUGUGCUGAAGCAUUGACCAAUCACACACUCUCAUAGAGACUUGAAUAAAGACCUGUGUGUGUGUGUAUGUGUGUAUGUGUGUCUGUGUGUCUGUGUCUGUGUGUGUGUGUGUGAAAGCUAAACCUCCAGACUCAGGACUUCUGUUUGUGUAAUUCAAACAACUUUUUUUGGGGAGUGAAGAUCGAAGGCAUCAGACUUAAUGCAGUACACACACACACACACACACACACACACACACGUACUGCUGGGACUCGGACAAAGCAAGCCAAACGUUUGCUGAUGGUUCCUGAACCUCUGCGUGAGACGCCAGUGGUGUUAUUGGCUGCUCUGGAGAAGGGAAAGAACCUAAUGACCAAUCAGAGCCGUUGAAAUGGUACCUGGGUUAGUUUGUCUGGUGAGAACCACGUACCACUGCACUAAAUAGUAAGUUACAAUAGUAAUCGGCACUAUAGGUACUUUUUUAUUUGAAAGAGACAGCUAUUUCCUUCCAUGCAUGCACUGAGCAUGCGUGGACGGUUCCUCCAGUCUGCUGUCGUCCAUCUGUUCAUCCUUUCUUAUUUUAUUUCUGUGUGAUGUAUACACUAUAUGCUGUGGCAUUACAGUUUCCCUUCACUGGAACUCAGAGACUCAGACCUGUUCCCAGUGUGCACAAAGUCGAGCUCCAUGAAGACGUGGUGUGUGAAGGUUGGAAGAAGCUGGAAGAACUCGAGUGUCCUGCACAGAACCCUGACCUCAACCCCACUGAACUCCUUUGGGACGAACCGGAACUGGAGCCUCCUCACAUGAUCAUCAGCACCUGACCUCAACAUCACUAACGCUCUUGUAGCUGAAUGAACACAAAUCCCCACAGCCACGCCCCAAAAUCCCCACAGCCACGCCCCAAAAUCCCCACAGCCACGCCCCAAAAUCUAGUGGAAAGCCUUCCCAGAAGAGUGGAGGAGGUUAUUAUAACGGCAAAGGGGAAUAAAUCUGGAAUGGGAUGUUCAAAAACACAUGUGUGUGAUGACCAGGUGUCUACAUACAGUCUGCUCCGAAAGUAUUGGAACGGCAAAUCCAAUUCUUUUGUUGUUGUUUUUUUUUUUUGUUAUACACUGAAGAUAUUUUGGUUUGAGAUAAAAAAGAUGGAGAUGAGACGAUAGAUCAGAAUUUCAGCUUUCAUUUCCUGGUAUUUACAUGUAGACGUGUUAAACGACUUAGAACAUGGCACCUUUGGUGGCAGAGUAGCGAGAUUAUAGGUGAAGCAAAAGUAUAGGAACAGAUGUCUUGAAGUAAAUGAAAGUAAAUGACACUUAAUAUUCGGUUGCAUGUCUCUCACUUUAAGUAACUGCAUCAAGCCUGCCAUUCAUGGACAUCACAGAAUUGUUAGUUUAUUCUCCUGUGAAGCUUCUCCAGGUUUUUCCUGCAGCUUCUUUCAGUAGUUGUUUGUUUCGGGGGGGUUCUCCCUUCAGUCUCCUCUUCAGGAGGUGAGAUGCUGAUCAGUUGGGUGAAGGUCCGGUGAUGGACGUGUCCAGUCUAAACCCUUCCACUUUCCCCCUGAUGAAGUCCUGUGUCGAGGUGGAAGUGUGUUUUGGGUCGUUGUCUUGCUGCAUGAUGAAGUUUCUCCUGAUUCAUUUGGAUGCAUUUCUCUGUAAACUGUCAGACAAAAUGUUCCUGUAAACUUCUGAAUUCGUUCUGCUGCUCCAUCAUGAGUUCAUCAUCAAUAAAGAUCAGUGAGAACGUUCCAGAAGCAGUCGUGCGAGCCCAAGCCAUGACACUACCUCCACCAUGUUUCACAGAUGAGCUCGUAUGUUCUGGAUCGUGAGCAGAUCCUUUCUUUCUCCACACUUUGGCCUUUCCAUCACUUUGGUAGAGGUUCAUCUUGGUUCCAGAACUUUUGUGGAUCAUCUCUGUAUUUCUUUGUGAAUUCCAAUCUGGAUUUCUGAUUCUUACUGCUGAUGAACGGUCUGCAUCUUGUGGUACGGUCUCUAUAUUUCUGCUCUCAAAGUCUUCUUCGAACACUGUAUUUUGCUACCUUCACCCCUGCCCUGUGGAGGUUGCUGGUGAUGUCACUGACUAUUGUUUUUGGGUUUUUCUUCACACAAAGGUCUCACAAUGUUUCUGUCAUCAGCUGUUGUUGUUUUCCUUGGCCGACCUGUUCCAUGUCUGGUUGUUAGUACACCUGUGUUUGUUUGUUUUUCUCAGGACAUUCCAAAUUAUUCAAUGCUUGUGCAAUGGCUCUGAUAGAUGUUCCCUCUUUUCUCAGCUUCAAAAUGGCUCACUUUUCUCCUAUAGACAGCUCUCUGAUCUUCAUGUUGGUUUAUCCUUUGUAACAACAAAUCUAAUCUUCACAGCUGAAACCCAGAGUUCAAACCAAGAGUAGAUAUUCAGAGCUAUUAAUUGUUUAAACAUUCACUUCAAAAGGGCACCCAGGCAGCAAGAAACAUCUGUCAGUGACAGAUGUUCCAUUAUUUUUGAUCACUUGAAAAAUGGGUGGGUUGAAACAUGUUCUAAGUUGUUUAACAUGUCUAGCUGUAAAUAUGAGGAAAUUAAAGCUGUAAUUCUGAUCUAUCGUCUCAUUCAUCAUUUGAUCAUUUGAGUGUAAAGCAAAAACUAAAGUGGCCUAAUAGUUCCAAUACUUUUUGGAAGGGACUGUACUGUUGGUCAUAUAUUGUAUCUCUUAAUGUAUUUUGUUUUCAUACUUCUGCUUGUUGAACUUAUGUUUGUACACUGUUGUGCUGCUUAAAAACAAAAAAAAAACAGUGUUUGGUUUUGAAGUUUUUUUUUUUUUUUUCUUCUUUUUGCGUGCAUGUUUGUUUUGUUCAUUAUAUUAUUUUCUAGUCUUUAAGAUUAUUGAGAAUAUCUACUGUUUUUAUUUAAUGCUUAAGCUGUCUGAAAGAGUCUGGAUCUGCACUUUUCUCCCACAACACCAAAGUGUCCUCUGAAGCACUGGGACAAAAAACCACGAGCUUUGUGGACUAUAAACAGAUGAAAAACUAAAGAGAAGACCAAAGCUGCGCAACAUUCUGUUCGAUUAACGAUCAUGUCAUGGAUAGAAACGAAUAAUUUUAAACGCUUAUUUUCUCUGAUGUGUCACUGGUUUCUCCGAACUCUGUUUCUACAGAAGUUGCAAGCUAAGCCUGUGGUAAAGCAUUUUUAGCACCUAAGCCUUAAUUUUCUUCCUCUGUGCAAACACCCCUCUUCUCGCUUUUUAUCUUCUCUGAAGUUCAUCUGUUUUCUUUUACAUGCCUAUAUUCUUAUAAAGCUGGAGAAUGAAUGUGUUCUUGUAAGAGAAUUAAAGACUUGAACUCAAUGAAGAACGCCUGUUUAAA